CGCCGGCUGGGAGGUGGAGGAGGAGGGGCGUGUAGACUUCGGGUGGCUGAUCUCGACGGAGUCCGGACCUGCGGACUUCCCUAGGCCGAACCGCGCCGCUCCGCCCCGGAGUGACGCCCACUGCCCAUGGGCCUGGCCGAGGGCAACCGGCGGGCGGCGCGGAGGAGGCGGCGACAGGUGGCGCACUGCAGGGUCGGAGCCGGGUCGGGCCAUGGCCGCCUCGGAGCGGCUCUACGAGUUGUGGCUGCUUUACUACGCGCAGAAGGACCUGGGCUACCUGCAGCAGUGGCUGAAGGCCUUUGUGGGUGCCUUCGAGAAGGGCAUUUCACUGUCCUCCCUGGAGCCAAGAAGGCCAGAGGAGGCAGGUGCAGAGGUCCCUCUGCUACCCCUGGAUGCUCUACAUGUGCUGGCUGAGCAACUGGACCAGGGGGACCUAGAGCAAGCCCUGCUGCUGCUGAAGCUCUUCAUCAUCCUCUGCAGGAACCUGGAGAAUGUAGAGGCAGGUUGGGGCCAGGUACUGGUGCCCCGUGUGCUGGCGCUUCUCACAGGAUUGGUGACUGAGCUGAAAGGACCCCCAUCAUCACAGGAAGACCAUGCCACUCAGCUGGAGAAUGUGGCCCUACAUGCCCUGCUCCUCUGUGAGGGACUCUUUGACCCCUAUCAGACCUGGCGGCGCCAGCAUAGUGGGGAAGUCGUCAGCUCUAAGGAGAAGAGCAAAUACAAGUUUCCUCCUGCUGCUUUGCCCAGUGAAUUUGGAGCCUUCUUCCAAGAAAGCCUACAGGAUGCAGACCAUUUGCCUGCCAUGCUGCUGUUGCGGCUCAUCCACCUCUUCGGUGCUGUCCUCACAGGAGGAAAGGAGAAUGGGCAGAUGGCUGUGAGUGCCGGCUCUGUCCAGGGCCUGUUGGGUGUGGUGCGGGGCUGGGGCCAUGGCCCAGCUAAAGACCCUCACCUGGUGCCUCUGGCCCUGGAGGCACUGGUGGGGGCAGUGCAUGUCCUGCAUGCUAGCCGUGCACCUCCCCGUGGGCCAGAACUCCGCACCCUGCUCGAGGGCUACUUCCGCAUCCUCAAUGCUGACUGGCCAGCUAGUUCAAGCUCAGGCCCUGAAGAGGCCCUUGUCACCCUACGGGUCAGCAUGCUCGAUGCUAUCCCCAUGAUGCUGGCAUGUGAGGACCGGCCAGUGCUGCAAGCCACUUUCCUUAGCAACAAUUGCUUUGAACACCUUAUUCGCCUCAUCCAGAACAGCAAGCUGUACCUGCAGGCCCGGGCGCCCCCUGAGGGGGACAGUGACCUGGCUACCCGGUUACUGACCGAGCCCGAUGUCCAGAAGGUACUGGACCAGGACACAGAUGCCAUUGCAGUCCAUGUGGUUAGAGUGUUGACCUGCAUCAUGAGCGGCUCCCCCUCAGCCAAGGAGGUGUUCAAGGAGCGCAUUGGCUAUCAGCAUCUGCAGGAGGUCCUGCAGAGCCACGGACCUCCCACCCACCGGCUGUUGCAGGAGCUGCUAAACAUGGCUGUGGAAGGUGACCACAGCAUACGCCCACCUCCACCGAUCUGCAAUGAACAGCCGGUGCUUGUGCUGAUGCAGUGGUUGCCAGCAUUGCCCACAGCUGAGCUUCGGCUCUUCCUAGCACAGCGCCUCUGGUGGCUCUGUGACAGCUGCCCUGCCAGCCGUGCCACCUGUGUGCAGGCCGGCCUGGUGAGCUACCUGCUAGAAACGCUUGACACAGGGAUAGCCCUGGGAUCCCGCUGCCAGGAACGGCUAUUAGCACUGUUGCAAGCUCUAGGCCGUGUGUCGCUAAGGCCCUUGGAGCUGCGUCGCCUGCUGCACCCCCCACCAGGGCUGGACUCAGAGUCAGGUGGAACUGAGGCUCAGAAGGCUCAGCACGCAGGCGCCAUCAUCCGAGCACUGUCAGGCAUGGCCCGGCACCGUGGUCCUGCACGUGCCCUGCGUUACUUUGACCUCACACCCAGCAUGGCAGGCAUCAUGGUGCCACCUGUGCAGCGAUGGCCAGGACCUGGCUUCACCUUCCAUGCCUGGCUCUGUCUGCAUCCUACAGAGGCAGCAUCUACCUCAGCUCUCAGCCGGCCUCUCCAAAGAAAACAACUGUACAGCUUCUUCACCAGCAAUGGCUCAGGGUUUGAGGCCUUCUUCACGGCAGCUGGGACCCUGGUGGUAGCUGUGUGCACACGGAAGGAGUACAUGACCAUGAGCCUGCCAGAAGUGUCCUUUGCUGACUCAGCCUGGCACUGUGUGGCCAUUGUACAUGUACCUGGGCGCCGGCCCUUCAGCCAGAACCUGGUCCAUGUCUUCAAAGAUGGCCAUCUGGUCAUGACAGCACCUCUUCGUUUUCCCUCUCUCAGUGAGCCUUUUUCCUCCUGCUGUAUCGGCUCCGCUGGGCACCGCACAACGACCACCACCACAGGGCUCCCCAUGCCACCAGUCCCUGCCACUCUGGCUCACACUCACCCUUCCCUCACUCGCUCCCAGUCAGUCCCAGCCUCUACAGGCCUGGGCUGGGGGACUGGGCUGGUGGCUCCUGUACAGGAGGGCAGCAUCAGCGCCACCCUUGCAGGCACCCAGGACACUCGGUGGGGCAGCCCCACAUCCCUGGAGGGUGAGCUGGGGGCUGUGGCCAUCUUCCAUGAAGCCCUGCAGGCAGCUGCCCUUCGGGUCCUGUGUGCCCUGGGGCCCAAUGAGCCGGUACCCUUCAAGCCGGAGGGUGAACUACACGAACUUAGUACCAAGCUGCUUCUUCAUUAUUCUCCUCAGGCCUGUAAGAACAACAUCUGCCUGGACCUGUCCCCUGGCCAUGGGCUGGAUGGCCGCCUGACUGGCCAUCGGGUGGAGACAUGGGAUGUGAAGGAUGUGGUGAAUUGUGUAGGGGGCAUGGGUGCCUUGCUGCCCUUGCUGGAGCGAGUGGCUGUGCAACCCCAAGAGGCUGAGGCAGGUCCAGGUGAAACACAUGACCUUGUGGGACCUGAAUUGACUUCUGGCUACAACACUCAGGGCUUACUUCUCCCCCUGGGCAAGUCUUCAGAAGAACGGAUGGAGAGGAACGUAGUGGCUGCCUUUCUCCUGAUGCUGCGGAACUUCCUGCAGGGCCAUGCAGUGAACCAGGAAAGCCUGGUGCAGUGCCAGGGGCCUGCCAUCAUUGGGGCCCUCCUGCGCAAGGUUCCCAGCUGGGCCAUGGACAUGAAUGUGCUCAUGUCUGCCCAGCUGCUGAUGGAGCAGGUGGCUGCUGAGAACAGUGGACCCCUCCUCUACCUGCUCUACCAGCAUCUGCUCUUCAACUUUCACCUUUGGACCUUCAGUGACUUUGCCGUGCGCCUUGGUCAUAUCCAAUAUAUGUCCAGCAUAGUCCGUGAGCACAGGCAGAAACUUAGGAAGAAGUAUGGAGUCCAGUUCAUCCUUGAUGCUCUGCGCACACACUACAGCCUGCAGCGGGAGCGCCCCCUUGCAGCUGAUGACCUGCGCACAAUACAGACUUCCCUGCUGGGCCUGGCCCGUGAGUUCCUGGUUCGGAACAUCUCAGCUGAUGACAUGCAGGUUGUGCUGAGUUUUCUAGCAGCCACUGGUGACAAUGGCCAGGUGGUGGGUGCAUUGGACCUACUGCUGGCCAUACUUCAGGGUUCUCCUGCACAGGAGCCCUUGGCCAUCUUCCUGUUGGAGCCAGGGAACCUGGAAGUGCUGCUUUCACUGCUGGUGCGGCCAAAGGCACCGCCGCUGCUGACUGACAGAGUUUGCAAGAUCCUUCGAAGACUGCAGCAGAAUGAGCGGUUACCUGAGCGAAGCCGCCAGAGGAUCCGUCUGCGGGACAGUGGUCUCCAGGGUCUUGUGGCCUGCUUGCCUGAGGGGAUGGUCUCCCCCCAGCUGUGCCAGGGCCUGUACAAGCUGUUUGUAGGGGCAGUCCCUCAGGCCACAUCCCCAGAUUGCCUGAACCUCUCAGAUUUGUUGGCUGUGGUACAGCUGUCCCUCCAGGCUGACCUCAGCAUCCGCCUGGACAUCUGUCGUCAGCUCUUCCACCUCAUCCAUGGACAGCCAGAAGUAGUGCGGCUGUUGGCCCGACAGGCUUCCUGGCAGGAUGUGCUGACUCAGCUGUACGUCCUGGAGGCUCCCAUGGUGGAAGGUCCCCCAUGCUUUCUCUCAGAGUCGAUCACCUCCUUGGAGCCAGCCCUGUCCCCGCCACCCACUGAAUCUCCUGAUGUCUUCCUGCCCUCAGAAUCCCCUUGCCCUGACCCUGAUGCCUUUUACCACGCCCUCUCCCCAUUUUGUACACCCUUUGAGUUGGGCCUGGAACGGGCCAGUGUGGGCUCAGGCAAUACUGCUGGUGGCAGCAGCAGCGGGACUAUUACUCCAGCCAGCCAACCUGGCACACCUUCCCCACUGGAUGGACCACGACCCUUCCCUACUACCCAAGGCCGUCACAGCUCCAGUCUUUCCAAUGUGCUAGAGGACGGCAGCCUCAUAGAAUCCACCAUCAGUGGGGAUGACACCUCUAACACCAGCAACCCCCAGCAAACCCCUGAGGAGGAGCUAUGCAACCUGCUCACCAACAUACUGUUCUCAGUAACUUGGCGGGGUGUGGAGGGCAGUGAUGAGGCCUCCUGGCGGGAGCGCGGCCAGGUCUUCUCCGUGCUCACUCAGCUGGGAGCCUCAACCACACUCAUCCGCCCACCAGACUGCAUCAAGCGCUGCCUCCUAGAGAUGAUGCUAGAGUCAGCCCUGACUGAUAUCAAGAAGGCUCCCCCAGGGGGCCUGGCUAGCCUUACUCAGCAGGCGCUGUGGCUGCUACGUCUGCUGCAGGAUUUCCUGUGCGCUGAGGGUCAUGGUAACCAGGAGCUAUGGAGUGAAAAGCUCUUCGAAGGUGUGUGUUGCCUGCUUGAUCGACUGGGCGCCUGGCCUCACUUGGCCAACAGCACAGCUGAUCUCCGUGAGAUGGCACAGAUUGGCCUGCGUCUUGUCCUAGGGUAUAUCCUGUUGGAGGACCCACAGCUACAUGCCCAGGCCUAUGUGAAGCUGCAUACACUACUGCAGACUGCAGUACCAGCCCGCCGUGAGGAGGCCUGCUAUGUGCUCUCCAAGCUGGAGGCAGCACUGAGCCGGGCACUAAACACCUCCUCCUCUGAGACUGAGCGCAUAGAGUCCCCAUCGGUAGCUAUGGCAGCCUCAGAGCGCUGCUCAUGGCUGGUGCCUCUGGUACGUACGCUGCUGGACCGUGCCUAUGGACCACUAGGACUGCAGUGGGGGCUGCCCUCCCUGCCACCUACCAACGGCAGUCCCACCUUCUUUGAGGACUUCCAGGCUUUCUGUGUGACACCUGAAUGGCGCCACUUCAUCGACAAGCAGGUACAGCCCACUAUGUCCAAGUUUGAAAUGGACACGUAUGCUAAGAGCCAUGACCUCAUGUCAGGUUUCUGGAAUGCCUGCUAUGACGUGCUCAUGAGCAAUGGGCAGCGGCACCAGCAGGAACGCACCCAUAGUCGACAGGCCUUCCAGGAGCUGGUGUUGGAACCUGUCCAGCGCAGGGUUCGCCUAGAGGGGCUGCGCUACACAGCGGUGCUGAAGCAGCAGGCAGCACAGCACUCGAUGGCUCUGCUACAUUGGGGGGCAUUGUGGCGCCAGCUUUCUAGCCCUUGUGGGGCCUGGGCACUAAGGAUCCCUCCAACUCCACACUGGAAGCUGUCUAGUGCGGAGACAUACUCACGUAUGCGUCUGAAGCUGGUCCCCAACCAUCACUUUGACCCUCAUCUGGAAGCCAGUGCCCUCCGUGACAAUCUGGGUGAGGUGCCCCUGACACCCACGGAAGAGGCUGCACUGCCUCUGGCAGUGACCAAAGAGGCCAAAGUAAGCACUCCACCAGAGGAGCUACAGGAGGACCAAUUAGACGAGGAUGAGCUGGCUAUGCUGGAGACCCCGAUGGAGGCAGUGGAGCUGGAUGAACAGCGUGAGAAACUGGUGCUGUCAGCUGAGUGCCAGCUGGUCACUGUGGUGGCCGUGGUCCCAGGACUACUAGAGGUCACUACGCAGCAUGUGUACUUCUACGAUGGCAGCACCGAACGUGUGGAAACUGAGGAGGGCAUCGGCCAUGACUUCCGGCGCCCACUGGCCCAGUUGCGUGAGGUCCACCUGCGGCGUUUCAACCUGCGCCGUUCAGCACUUGAGCUCUUCUUCAUUGAUCAGUCUAAUUACUUCCUCAACUUCCCGUGCAAGGUGGCCGGGUCCUCCACUUCAUCUCCCUCUCAGUCUCCCAGGCCCCAGCCCUACCCCAUCCCACCCCAUACCCAGGUACGGAACCAGGUAUACUCAUGGCUCCUGCGCCUACGGCCACCUAGCCAAGGCUACCUAAGUAGCCGCUCCCCGCAAGAGAUGCUGCGUGCCUCAGGCCUUACCCAGAAAUGGGUACAACGUGAAAUAACCAACUUCGAAUACUUGAUGCAACUCAAUACCAUUGCGGGGCGCACCUACAAUGACCUGUCUCAAUACCCUGUGUUCCCCUGGGUCUUGCAGGAUUACGUGUCCCCAACCCUGGACCUCAGCAACCCUGCUGUCUUCCGGGACCUGUCCAAACCCAUCGGUGUGGUGAACCCCAAGCAUGCCCAGCUCGUGAGGGAGAAAUAUGAGAGCUUUGAGGACCCAGCAGGCACAAUUGACAAGUUCCAUUAUGGUACCCACUACUCCAAUGCAGCAGGCGUAAUGCACUACCUCAUUCGUGUGGAACCUUUCACCUCUCUUCACGUCCAGCUUCAGAGUGGCCGCUUCGACUGCUCUGAUCGACAGUUCCACUCGGUGGCAGCAGCCUGGCAGGCCCGCCUGGAGAGCCCUGCCGAUGUGAAGGAGCUCAUUCCAGAGUUCUUCUACUUCCCCGACUUCCUGGAGAACCAGAAUGGCUUUGACCUGGGCUGUCUCCAGCUGACCAACGAGAAGGUGGGUGAUGUGGUGCUGCCCCCAUGGGCCAGUUCUCCUGAGGACUUCAUUCAGCAGCACCGCCGGGCUCUGGAGUCUGAGUAUGUGUCUGCCCACCUGCAUGAGUGGAUUGACCUCAUCUUUGGCUAUAAGCAGCGGGGCCCAGCAGCUGAGGAGGCCCUCAACGUCUUCUAUUACUGCACCUAUGAGGGGGCCGUAGACCUGGACCAUGUUGCAGAUGAGCGAGAACGGAAGGCUUUGGAGGGUAUCAUCAGCAACUUUGGGCAGACGCCCUGUCAGCUGCUAAAGGAGCCACAUCCACCCCGGCUCUCAGCUGAGGAAGCAGCCAGUCGCCUUGCCCAUCUGGACACUAACUCACCUAGCAUCUUCCAGAACCUGGACCAGCUCAAGGCCUUCUUUGCUGAGGUUAUCAGUGAAGGCAUACCUCUGGUGUUGGCUCUGGUACCCCACCGACAGUCCCACUCCUUCAUCACCCAGGGCUCCUCAGAUCUGUUGGUGACUGUGAGUGCCAGUGGGCUGCUGGGCACCCAUAGCUGGUUGCCCUAUGACCGAAACAUAAACAACUACUUCAGUUUCAGCAAAGAUCCCACCAUGGGCAACCCCAAGAUGCAAAAACUACUGAGUGGGCCAUGGGUGCCAGGCAGUGGAAUGAGUCGGCAAGCACUGGCAGUGGCCCCCGACGGAAAGCUGCUCUUCAGUGGUGGCCACUGGGAUGGCAGCCUGCGAGUAACUAAGCUACCCCAUGGCAAAUUGUUGAACCAGCUAAGCCAACACCUUGAUGUAGUAACCUGCCUUGCACUGGACACCUGUGGCAUCUACCUCAUUUCAGGCUCCCGGGACACCACAUGCAUGGUUUGGCGGCUCCUACAGCAGGGUGGUCUAUCAGUAGGACUGGCACCAAAACCUGUGCAGGUCUUAUAUGGACAUGAGACUGCAAUAAGCUGUGUGGCUAUCAGCACAGAACUCGACAUGGCUGUGUCUGGAUCUGAGGAUGGAACUGUGAUCAUACAUACUGUACGUCGUGGCCAGUUUGUGGCAGCACUAAAACCUCCAGGUGCAACAUUACCUGGACCUGUAUCUCACCUGGCACUGGGGUCUGAAGGUCAGAUUGUGGUACAGAGCUCAGCUUGGGAACGUCCUGGAGCCCAGGUCACCUACUCCUUGCACCUGUACUCAGUGAAUGGGAGGUUGAGGGCUUCACUGCUCCUGACAGAGCAGCCUACAGCCCUGGCAGUAGCAGAGGACUUUGUUUUGAUGGGCACCACUCAAUGCACCCUGCACAUCCUCCACCUGAACAAACUGCGGCCUGCCACGCCUCCCCUGCCCAUGAAAGUGCCAGUCCGCAGUGUGUCCGUGACUAAAGAGCACAGCCAUGUGCUGGUGGGCCUGGAGGACGGCAAGCUGAUCGUUGUGGGUGCCGGGCAGCCCUCUGAGGUGCGCAGCAGCCAGUUCGCGCGAAAGCUGUGGCGCUCCUCGCGGCGCAUCUCCCAGGUGUCGUCUGGGGAGACGGAGUACAACUCUGGGGAGGCUCGCUGAGCUGGGCAGUUCUCCGCCGCUCAGGCCCCGCCCCGGCACGCCCGACGGAGGCCCGACCCAUGAGAUUGCUGCUCCCGGGGGUGGGCAGGGCCCACCCUCCAGCUCAGGGAUUAGUGGACGGCGUCACAAGGAAGUCCCACCCCUCGCCGGCUGAGGGGCGGAGAGACCCAGCGCCGGCCGCCACGGCUGCGGCUGCAAUUUUUGCACAACCUGGGGCGGGUGGGGGCGGUGUUGUCCCUAUUUCAAGCCCUGUGUCCCACUGAAGCACAAGGACCGCCUGUGGCCUUAACCCCCAAAGGUGAUCCUCUCCCGCCCAAUCUCAGCAAUAAACUUGGCCUGGUUUUGUA